AUGUUCGCACACGAUAUCGAAUGUUUAGUAGAGAGGAGUGGGAAUUUUAUAAUUAAUAGCCCCUAUCGAGUCUCUCCAGUCGAUUACAGUAACACACAUUGCAACAUUCAUGACCCUAAUGUGUUCUUCAAUUCGGACCUGGGAAUCUAUAUAAAGAAGUGCUGCGGUUCAGUUACAAUAUGUAGGUUGCUGCAAAACCACAGGGUGUUGAUUCCCUCACGAGUUUUUGAGCUGUCGCGCUCCCCUCUGUUUGCGUAUAUCGCACAUUUGGACGAGUCUGAUGUGAAGUAUAAAACGUUGAUAAAAAUAUUUAAGUCGGUUCUAAAUAAAGCAAAUAGAACUAGGUGUGAUGACGAUUUGAAUAGCAGGAAGACGCUGUUUGUGCACUGCUCGGGAAGCAUAUUGAGUAACAAGGCAAUUAAAUCAUGCGAAAAGGAUCAAAAUGGUAAAAAGUUCAUAUCUAAUUGGUCGAAAAUGGUGAUUUACAGGAACUUUAUAUUUCUGAAAUCGAAGACGAAAAACAGGAGAGUUGUUUACAAGACAGUUUUCGAUUCAGUGACCUCAGACGAUGCGACAGUGAUGAAUUUUUUGAGUUACAUCCUGUUUAAUGACGAGGCAUUCAGUCAAGAGUUGAAGCAGAGAAGGAUUUCAAUUAAUGCAUUGAUGUUGUCGCUACAUAAUAAAUUGGAAGCUGAACUUAAGAUACAGUGUGUUCCACAGAAACCUAGAAAAAAUAGGAGGAAAAGUGUUUUAAAUGGCUUGUUUAUCCAUUUUAAAAGGUUUAUAAGUAACCUUAAAUCCGUAGAUUGGUAUGACACUAAAUGUUUGUUGAGUGAGGAGUUGCAGGGAACAAACUUUAGCACAGUGAAUGUGGCGAACGUGUACAAGUAUGUUAAAACCAUAGUGGAGAAGACAAUGAGUGCAGAGUUGCUGUGCGGGAGGUCUAAUUACCUUAAAUUUUUGAGGCUCUGUCACUCACUCAUAACACUAAACAGGGGAGAGAAUCCGUCGAUGGCAGAGCUGAUGAACCGCAUAAAAAUUAAGGACUGCUCGUGGACAAAGGGGAGCUACCACUCGAGGGGGCAGACGAGGACGAUCUUGGAGUAUCUGUGCAGGCUUAUAUUCUUCCUGCUGCAGUACUUCAUAAUCCCAGUGAUCGGAAGGCACCUGCACAUCACGGAGUGCGGAUUCUCAAAAUACAGGGUCUACUACAUAAAAAAGGAUGAGUGGACGCGGAUGAUAAGGGCCGCGAAGAGGGAGUUCCUGUUCAACGGGAAGAUAUGCGACCAGAUGCCAGUGGCGGGCGACUUCCCAAAAAUAAGGUUCGUGCCCAAGCACACCGGGAUGAGGCCAAUAUUGAACUGCAACACGCAGGCGGGCUGCAAGGCGUUUUACCAGACGCUCCUGAUGAAGUACAACCACAGCUACAAGCCGGAGUGCCAGUGCUACACAUGUUACGUGUACUACGAGCUGAGCAACAAGAAGCACCUGAACAGCGUGCUGCGGAAAAUACACAGGGCGCUGACUGCUAACGGGAGAAUUAGGCCGAUAAUGGGCAACGGAGUGCUCGGCUAUAACUCCUUCUACAGGCACCUGAAGAGCUGGUGGAUUAAGUUCGUGAGCCUGCUCGGAAGCGUGGACAACCCGAAGCUGUACUACUUCAUAGCGGACCUGUCGCGCUGCUACGAAAGGAUACCGCACGACAAGCUCAUGGAGGCCCUGAACGCACUGCCGCUGUCAGACUCGACGAUGCGCAUGAUGCACAAGAGGUACAUCGUGAAGCUGGCCUCGGGCGUGAACUCGUUCUCGAAGCUGGAGGACGUGUCCUCGCUCUCGAUGCCGAAGAUGAGUCACCUGUCCUCGAGGCUAUACGGGAACUUCAUCAUAACCUCGAACUUCUCCUCGACCAGGGGCUCCAGAGUCACCAAGUUCGACAUAGUGUCCGCAGUAUCGGCGCUCAUUUCCUCCCUGAAGCUGCAGCUCCCGAACUCUCACACCAACAAGUACAUGAAGCUGCACCGGGGGAUACCCCAGGGCUGCUGCAUCUCGCCCUUCCUGUCGAACCUGUACCUGUCCUGCCUGGACAAAAACCUGCUCUCGAGCACGAAGUCUGUUUCCGCGGAAAACGGAGUCUCAGUCGCGCUGCCGAACCUGCUGGUUCGCUGGAUAGACGACUUCCUAUUCGUCUCCACCAGCAAGGAGGACGUGAACAACAUGUCUGAGAUUCUCAGGUCGAACAACAUAGGGGCCGUGAUGAACCUGAACAAGGUGUUCACCAACGCCGACUUCUACGACUCGGACUGCAGUUUCGACGGCAGUUCCAACGCUAUUGAGUGGAUUAACUGCAAGUUCAAUUUCGACAUUAAGAACCGCUACGUGGACGUCGAGAUCGUGCCCUGGCGUUCGCCCGACGUGAAAAUCAGGGACAGCAUAUGCCUCUCCAGGGGCAGGCACGGCUCAUUCAUGUUCACGUUCAUUGAGCAGCGUUUGCUGGGCUCGAUCACGAACAAGCUUGAGCACAAGACGUACACGUGCGCGCUCAUAAACUCCCCGACGUGCAUACUGUCGAACGCGUACACCGUCAUGCGUCUCUGCUCGCUCAAGCUCCGCUGCGCCAUGCAGGUGUUAACUGAGCACUUUGGCGGCUUCGUUAACCUCAAGUACAUCUUCAGGCUGAUUAUGAACCUCGUCACCAUCACUUCGAACCUGGUUGCCAACGGGGGCCUGAACAUCAGGGAGAACCACCUGCGUGAGGUCCUACUCAUUUCCUGCAUCAACACCUUUAAGCACAGGACCCUGAAGCCGGCUAGGUCGAGUCGCAAAUCCAAGCACCUCAGAGUCGUUCACAGGCAGAUCGUGAACAUGCUGUAUCGUCAAAUUGAGCCUUGCGCCAGCAGGGAUGCUGUACUCAGGUUGGCCUCAGACAUAGAACGCAAGUACAGGUCAACUUGGUCCAACAUUCUAUAA